AUGGCCCUCAUCAGGGUGCGCCAGCCGAGCCCAUGGUGUUGUCAGCAGAUAGCAGAGGGUCCACCUCCCUGCAACUUCUACUGGCUGCACUAUUUUCUGGAUGGAGGUAUUGCUGGUUGCUGUGCCAAAACAACAGUUGCUCCCUUGGGUCUAGUGAAGGUUUUACAAGCACACAAUCACCAUUACAAACACUUAGGAGUGUUUUCUACAUUGCAAGCUGUUCCUCAGAAGGAAGGGUACCUGGGAUUAUAUAAAGGCAUGUGGAUGAUGAUUUGACUCUUUCCCUAUGGGGCAAUCUGGUUCAUGACAUUUGAGCAUUACAAAACAUUCAUUACUACAAAGCUGGGAGUUUCUGGUCAUGUGCACAGACUAACGGCUGGAUCCAUGGCAGACUAUGGCAUGAUGACAGUUAUCUGUACUUACCCUCUUGACAUGGUUCAAGUGCGCCUAGCAUUUCAGGUGAGAGGGGAACAUACCUAUACAGGAAUUAUUCAUGCUUUUAAAACAAUUUAUGCGAAGGAAGGUGGUUUCCUUGGAUUUUACAGGGGUUUGAUGCCCACUAUCUUAGGAAUGGCUUCAUAAGCAGAUGUCUCAAUUUUUACUUUCUGUAUCUUAAAGAAUGUUGGGCUUUCCCAUGCUCCUACCCUUCUUGGCAGACCUUCAUCAGACAAUCCUAAUGUCUUAGUUUUGAAAAUGUCUUGGGUCUCAAUUUAG